UUAGUGUUAUCGCGAGAAGUCUAGGAAGCGGUAGUGAUGGCGGCGGCGGGAACGGGACCUGGACCCGGAGUGGGUGCAGGACCUGGUACAGCAGCGGCUGCGAAUGCAACAGCAACCGAGGAAGCGGAGACGAAGCAGGUGGUGGCGGCAGCAGCGGCUCCAGCCGGAGAUGGGGCAUCUGCUGCCCCAGCAGCGGAGCCCAGUUCCGGAGAGGCCGAAAGCGGGGAUGCAAACUCUGUUGAUGUGAGUGGUGGUUUAGAGACAGAAUCCUCUAAUGGAAAAGAUACACUAGAAGGUGCUGGGGAUACGUCCGAGGUGAUGGAUACUCAAGCGGGCUCCGUGGAUGAAGAGAAUGGCCGGCAGCUGGGAGAAGUAGAGCUGCAGUGUGGGAUAUGUACAAAAUGGUUCACAGCAGACACCUUUGGCAUAGAUACCUCAUCCUGUCUACCUUUCAUGACCAACUACAGCUUUCACUGCAACGUGUGCCACCAUAGCGGGAAUACCUAUUUCCUCCGGAAGCAAGCGAACUUGAAGGAGAUGUGCCUUAGUGCUUUGGCCAACCUAACAUGGCAGUCCCGAACACAAGACGAACAUCCAAAAACCAUGUUCUCCAAAGAUAAGGAUAUCAUACCAUUUAUUGAUAAAUACUGGGAGUGCAUGACAACCAGACAGAGACCUGGGAAGAUGACUUGGCCAAAUAACAUUGUUAAAACAAUGAGUAAAGAAAGAGAUGUUUUUUUGGUAAAGGAACACCCUGAUCCUGGGAGUAAGGACCCAGAAGAAGAUUAUCCCAAAUUUGGACUUUUGGAUCAGGAUCUUAGUAACAUUGGUCCUGCUUAUGACAAUCAAAAGCAAAGCAGUGCUGUGUCCACCAGUGGGAAUUUAAAUGGUGGAGCCUCUUUGGGAGGGGGAAUUGCAGCAGGAAGCAGUGGAAAAGGAAGAGGAGCUAAGCGUAAACAGCAGGAUGGAGGGACCACAGGGACCACCAAGAAGGCUCGGAGUGACCCUUUGUUUUCUGCUCAGCGCCUCCCCCCUCAUGGCUACCCCUUGGAACACCCGUUUAACAAAGAUGGCUAUCGGUAUAUUCUAGCUGAGCCUGAUCCCCACGCCCCUGACCCUGAGAAGCUUGAACUUGACUGCUGGGCAGGAAAACCUAUUCCUGGAGACCUCUACAGAGCCUGCUUGUAUGAACGGGUUUUGUUAGCCCUGCAUGAUCGAGCUCCCCAGCUGAAGAUCUCUGAUGACCGGUUGACUGUGGUCGGAGAGAAAGGCUACUCUAUGGUGCGGGCUUCUCACGGGGUGCGGAAAGGUGCCUGGUACUUUGAAAUCACGGUGGAUGAGAUGCCACCAGACACUGCUGCUAGACUGGGUUGGUCUCAGCCCUUAGGUAACCUUCAAGCUCCCUUAGGUUAUGAUAAAUUUAGCUAUUCUUGGCGGAGCAAAAAGGGUACCAAGUUCCAUCAGUCCAUUGGCAAACACUACUCUUCUGGCUACGGACAGGGAGAUGUCCUGGGAUUCUAUAUCAGUCUUCCUGAAGACACGGAGACGGCCAAGUCACUGCCCGACACCUACAAAGAUAAAGCUUUGAUAAAGUUCAAGAGUUAUUUGUAUUUUGAGGAAAAAGACUUUGUGGAUAAAGCAGAGAAGAGCCUAAAGCAGACUCCCAAUAGUGAGAUAAUAUUUUAUAAAAAUGGUGUCAAUCAGGGCGUGGCCUACAAAGACAUUUUCGAGGGCGUUUACUUCCCAGCCAUCUCGCUGUACAAGAGCUGCACGGUUUCCAUUAACUUUGGACCAUGCUUCAAGUAUCCUCCAAAGGACCUCACCUACCGCCCUAUGAGCGACAUGGGCUGGGGUGCUGUCGUGGAGCACACGCUGGCUGAUGUCUUAUAUCACGUGGAGACAGAAGUGGAUGGCAGGCGGAGUCCCCCGUGGGAACCCUGACCGGGUUCCCCUUUCUUUGCAGACGUGGACUUUCUGGGGUGUAACGGUGGGUUUUUUCCUUGUUGUUCAACUGUCGCGAAUGUUAUCCCAAAGAUACUGCAGCACGUAGCCUCCGCUGUUAGCAAGUGAGAAGGCCGGUGGCUCCGGGAGAGGUCCCCUGCCCCUCAGCUCUCCCCGCUUCUGGUGACUGCUCUCCGUGUGCCAUACGCCAAUGCCUGCUGACCCUGCCACCCUGUGAGCUCCCUGCGAAACUGGUGCUGUGCCAUGUACCCCACCACUGGGGCUUGUUAUCUGACUGUAUUUUCUAAGGAGUGGAUGGUACUGUCCAAGUGGCUAACUUAUUUAAGACUUGUUUUCCCCCUGUGGGCAUUGACUGUGUCCCCCCUGGUUUCCAAGGAAGUGGUAGGCCUGUUUCUGAGACUAGCUGAAGUCAAUGGUCGUACAUUCCAGAACCAAUCUUAAGAGCUUUUCCUUUGGGUGUGGGUUCGUUUUUGUUACUAGUUUUGAAAUACGCUUUUGAACACUGGGGUCUCUGAAACUACCACAUCUCUAGAACUAUAAUUGUGAAAGGAACUCGCUUGCAGCUUUAACAAUUAGAAACUCUUCCCAAAUAAAACUUGUGAUCAAAUGUGGUCA